AUGAUGACCGCGAUCCAAGCGGCGGAUGCAACUGAUGCGGCAGCCGCAGCCGCGAUAAUGCCAGCGGCAGGGACCGCAGGCCGCCACCGCCGACGGCCAGCAGCUUCGGCCUCUGCUGCUACCACCACGCACACGGCGGUGCUUCUCGCGUGGUGGGUGGUGGCAUGCCUCGCUUCCGCGGCGCCCUCCGCUUCGGCAGCAGCAGCAGCAGCAGAAGUGCCUAGCCGAACGCCGCCGGUCCGCCAUUCUUCCGACCAGCAGCGGAGCAACCCGCAUUUCGGCGGCACGGCGGUCGCCGACCCCGUAACGACGACAGCACCGGGAGACCGAUUUAUGCAACCCACGACCACCGCAGGAGCCGCCAGCGGUGGUGCCCCACGACCGGAGACGGUCCAUGCAGCUCGCCGGCACCGGCGGCGUGGUGACGGUGGGCCUAUACCACCGGCUGCGAACACCGCAGCAGUAUAUAACGGCCGGCCCGCUGGUGAUGACGGCGCUGUCGCAUUGGCCAGACGCGCCGGCAACGGCGGUGGUGCUGCAAGGCGGCGUGCUCUGCUGGCGAGCGUCGGGACGCCUCGACAACAGAACGACAACGGCCGCGUGGCAUCGGGGUUGGGAUGGGGGGGUGGGGCGACGUCGCCGGGAGCGGCGGCUGUAGCGGUAUCUCCUAGGCGACUGGGGGUGGCACACCCUACCGCAGCCGCCAUACCCGGGACCAGCGGCUUGCCGACACAACCUACCGCCGACACCUCGCAACAAUCUGCUGAAGAGCAGCAACAACCCGCACCGGCACCGACGACUUUGGCGUCAGCAGCGGGACCAGCAGCAGCUGAUGUCCCGCAAGACAUCUCCAGUUCAACAGGCUCUGGACAAGAUAGUUACCAGCAGCAUCAGCAGCAGCGAGAGAAAGGAAGAGCGAAGGAGAGCAGGUCGAGGACGGGGAGCGGGAGAGCGGGGGCUAGCCGCGGAGGGCAUGGCGGCGACGUCGGCGGCCGAUCACGAAGCCGGAGAGCCCGGGAAUCGGCCUUACCAAGCGGGACUCGGAUUCCGCCGGACGUCGUGCCAAGCCUGAGCGAGGCCGAGCUAGAGACCUCCGAUGCUGGUUACGUUCUGCAGGGCAUCGACAAGGUAGCAGCUGAUCUCGUGGACUGCGAUAGGCUCGACGUUACUUUCGAGGACAUCGCCGGCAUGGAGGCCAUGAAGCGAUCUCUGCAGGAGAUCAUAUCGGAGCCACUCGACCUCCCCACAGACUUGUACCCUGCACGCCUCAUCAAGCCCUGUACCGGAAUCCUCAUCUACGGACCCCCUGGCUGCGGGAAGACUCUCAUCGCAAGAGCGGUCGCCAAGCAGAGCGGCGCGGCCUUCCUGAGCGUCAAGGCCUCCACGCUCAUGAGGACAUCCGCCGGCGGCGGCGGCGGCGGCGGCGGCGGGAGCGACCGCCGGUCAAAUGACAGUCCCGGCUGUGGCGGCGGCGGGGUCGGGCACUCGAGUGUCAUGGUCCGAGCCGUGUUCAGCCUCGCCCGGAAGGUCCAGCCCUGCAUCGUCUUCCUGGAUGAGGCCGACGGCCUGUGCUACAAGCGCGAAGAGGGAGACAGGGCGGUUAACAGAGGCAUGAUGACGGAGCUGAUGCAACUUUGGGACGAGCUCUCCUGUUCGGGGCAGGACAGGCAGGACAGGGUUGUGGUGCUCGCCGCCACGAAUCGACCCUGGGACCUCGACCCGGCGGUGCAGAGGCGUUUUUCUCGGUCGUUCCAGGUGGGCUUGCCCGACCGCAAGAUGCGGAAGGCGGUGCUGAUGAAGGCUCUCGAGGACGUGGAGGUGGAGGAGGGUUUCGACUGGCGGGAGUUGGCCGUCAAGACGGAGGGGUACAGCUGCGGGGACGUCGUGGAGCUCUGCCGAGAGCGCGACGUCGGGCUGGCGGAUUCGGAGGAGGCCGCCGUUGCAGCGGCGGCACCCGCAGAGGCGGCGGCUCUUCCGCCGGUUCGGAUGCGGCCGCUCCGCAUGUCUGACGUCACCUCCGCGCAGGCCCGGGUGGUGCCGGUGUUCUGGCAAGCGGAGGCGUUUCGCAACACGUACGAGGGGUACAUGUGCUCCCUCAUGGACCACGCAAGGAAGAAGUGGUCGCAAUGAUUUGGCCAGCACGGAGGAUUAGAUGUAUGUAUAAUAGUCGUCGAUCACCGUUGUGUCACCGUUGUGUGUGUGAACUGAACUGACUGCCGUCUCCUUUGCAUUUAGAAGCAUAUCUAGUGCUGCGGACCCUCUGUUGCUGCGACGAUACCGGACGAAAUUUCGAGCCCACGUGUGUUUUUGGCCACCUAGAGACAGCAGUCCUAAGGUUGUGAUCGCCCUGUCUAGGCCGGUGGCACGUACGUACGCUUGGUUCGGAGAAGGUUCUCGUGUAGUAACCUGCAUAAGAAUAAUCAAAGCAUUAUAUUACUUGUCAGCGUUGACUACAUAAAGUCCAAAGUUUCGGUUUUGUGGUCAGAGGAGAUUUGCCAAAUGGUUUUAUGCAGGCUUUUGUGUAUACCGGUGUUUCAACAAGGGGAAUCGUUCUGCGGGAUAUGUAACGGUUUGUCGGGGUGAUCGGUCGAGCUUUUGGUCGUGCGUCGAGGUUAUGAUGCUUCGCGCCGCUUCGCAACCGGGUGUCUGAAUAAUUCCUAUAUCGCGCAUCGACACAUACAUACCUUCGAAAGAACGAAUGUUCCUGUUGCAGAGGUUGGUUGGUGCUAUUACCGUUUUGUCUUGUACUAUGUGUUGAAAGUUGCACCUGCGGUAAGUGCUGGGUGAUACAGGGGACCAUAGCCUUGUGGGCGGGAUCCGGUGUAUUUGUCGAAU